AUGGUGCAUCCGACAGGAGCGCCACCCUUUUUUACCUCCGCCACCACCGCCGAAAAACUUCACCUUCGGCCAUUCGACACUCGAUACCGCGACAGCUUUGCGCCUGCCCGAAUUAGCAUCCCUUCCGCAGUCGUCAACCUGGCGGCCAUAGACUCGAAAGCCUUCGGCCCAGCACCUACAGCUGUGGCCGAAAUGGCCCUGCCAACUGCCGAAGCCGAGGAAUAUGACUAUGAGUCGCUGCCACCCAACUUCUCUCUGCUGCAAAACAUGGCGGCCGGCGCCUUCGCAGGCAUAGCCGAACACACCGUCAUGUAUCCUAUCGAUGCAGUCAAGACUCGCAUGCAAGUCCUCAACCCGAACACGACAAUUGCCUACAGCGGCGUGCUUCGCAGCACAUAUCAGAUGGCGGCUGGCGAAGGCUUCUUCAGCCUGUGGCGGGGAAUGUCGAGCGUUAUUGUUGGAGCUGGCCCUGCGCAUGCAGUAUACUUUGCUACAUACGAGGCUGUAAAGCAUGCCAUGGGUGGAAACCAAGCAGGCGUUCACCACCCCUUAGCAGCCGCUACUAGCGGUGCAGCAGCCACGAUUGCCAGCGAUGCUUUCAUGAACCCCUUUGAUGUCAUCAAACAGCGAAUGCAGAUCCAAGACUCCAGCAAGAUGUACCGAUCGAUGGUUGACUGUGCCAAGUACAUUUAUAGAAACGAAGGCAUCGGCGCCUUUUACCUAUCAUACCCCACGACGCUCUCCAUGACUGUCCCCUUCACGGCGCUGCAGUUCCUCGCCUACGAGUCGCUAUCGACCACCCUGAACCCCACCAAGAAGUACGACCCCGUCACCCACUGCUUAGCCGGUGCCGUCGCAGGCGGUUUCGCCGCCGGUCUUACCACUCCGAUGGAUGUCAUCAAGACGAUUUUACAGACGAAGGGCACGUCCACCGACCCCGCCGUGAAGAACAUCAACAGUUUUGUCGGCGGCUGCCGCCUGCUUUACCAACGCGAAGGCUUCCGCGGCUUCUUCAAGGGUGUUCGGCCCCGCAUCGUGACGACUAUGCCUAGCACGGCCAUUUGCUGGUCAGCUUACGAAUUCUCCAAGGCUUAUUUCAUCCGACGCAACGAUAGACAGUAA